AAAAAAAUCAUCGUUAAAUAAUCGCCAUUGUAACCUGCCCAACGAGAUCUCAUCUCCACACUCGUCACCUAUAAAUACUAGGAUUUUUCUCAAAUGUGUCACUCCCGAUCCAGAAUCCAUUGUGUUCGCAUCAAGAUGAUGAAAUUCGUGAUUGUGUCAGCCCUCGUGGCUUUCGUUGCCGCCGACGUUUCCCACUUGGUGCGUCCCGCUUUCCGCCAACCCGCCUACCACCAGCCCGCCUUCCACCAACCUGCCCCAGUAGCCGCCCCCGUCAUCAAGGCCGUGCCAGUUGCCGCCGGACACGGAGCCGAAAUCGCCAUUGUCAGCUUGAAGAACGACAUCUCCCCUGAAGGCAGCUACGACUGGGCUUACCAAACCGCCAACGGAAUUGCCGCCCAAGAAUCCGCCCAAAUCCGUGCCCUUGGACCAGAACAAAUCGCCAAGGCCGCCCAAGGUUCCUUCCAAUGGACCUCUCCCGAAGGAGUACCAGUAGCUAUCCAAUACGUAGCUGACGAAAACGGUUACCAACCAUCCGGUGACGCUAUCCCACAACCACCACCAGUACCAUUGGCCAUCCAAAGGUCUUUGGAAUGGAUCGCUGCCCAUCCACAACCACAAGAACCACUCAGGAGAUUCUAGAUUAAUUUUGACUGUUUUUUGAACGAUGCUGUGAGAUUAUUUUAAUAAAAAAUUAAUUAGAUACA